UUAAAUUACCUUUUCUUCAUAAAAAUGUUUUCACAAAUCUAUACUACAACUUAAGCAUUUUAAUUAAAUUUUUUUAAGAAUUAAAGCUUUAACAUGAAUAACAAAAAGUUUUCUGUAGUUUCUUUUAUAAAAGAACAAGGUUCGUUGUUUGUGGUGCCCUCUAUUUGGCUAAUUGAUGAGAGUUCUUGUCGAUGGCCACCAUUUAUCAGUGAUAAAAUGGUGGUUAAAGCUGUAACAAGUCUUGAAAAAGCGUGUGACACUUGGGCAAUACAUGACGUUCGUGUUCUAUACUCUACAGACACUUAUGAAAAAGCCUGUUUAAAGCUAAAGACUGCCGAAGACACAUCAGAUUUGCUAACAGAGCCUGAACAACAACAGCCUGUACGCUUAAGAACAAAGAGGCUUCAACAAUCAGUGUCCUUGAUGUCUGAAGAAGUGUUAUUUUCUAAUAAAACCCCGUCAAAUGAGACUCAGUGUAUACUAUCUCAAGAUGUUUCUGAAAAGCUGGUUACAGUACUUAUGGAGAUAAAAAGUGAGUUAAAAGAUUUAAAACGCCAAACUGAGUUUAAAACAAAAAUGUUGCAGCAAAUGUUAGAGUGCAAUGAAGACAAUGGAAUUAUAGAAAAAUACAGCUUUCCUGUUGACAAUUUAGAAGAAUUGUGUGAAGUUGAAAAACUCCUUGCAGCUGAUAAGGCAGCAUUUAACAAACUUAUAAUAGCAGUGGCUAGCAUAGGAGGCCAGACUUUAAAGGAGGCUGUGCGGAGAAUGACUUUUGCAUUAUUCACAAAUAACCUCUGCUGUAAACUGAACUGGACUGGUAUUACCAGAAAAGAUAAUGAAAGCAUCUUUGUAAAACAAAGUCUAAAAGACUUACAAUGUCGACAUGUGCUUGAAAGAGCUGUCAAAAGAAAUCCUGCAACAUCUUCAGCCACUGAAUCGGAUUUUCAACAUGAGAUUGUGCGUUUUUUGCGCGGUGCAUCAGACCGCAAUGGUGGACGAAAAAUACGACUAGACCAAAAAAACGAACAGGCCAAGAAAAAACUGUUUCCAUCAUCAAAUUUAUCUAUGGCAUUAAAUAAAGAGACAUUUUCUAGUUCAGAAGAUUAAUAGCAUUUUUAAAUAAAAUAAUUAUCUUUAUUUCAAAUUCAUUAUUUGGUAUAUUUGUUUCAGUAUAAAAAUAAGAUUGUACAUGAGAAAUUCAUCAUCAUAUUGAAUGUUACUAGUGAAUAAAAUAAGAUCCAUUUUAUUA